CACUCCAACUUCCUCUCUACAUCGAUCGACAAAACCCAAUUCCUCCCCUCUUUUAUUCAUACAUAUUCUCCCAACCCCAUUAAUCAAUGGCUGCAGUAGUUUCAAUCAUUAAGACAGAUAGAGUGCUCCCCAAGAAAUCCCUCCUCCCUCCCAAAAUCAUCACCCUCUCGAAUUUGGACCGACAGUGUCCAACUCACAUGUACUUAGUUCUGUUCUACAAACAGCCUGCUGCUGCAGAUCAUCAUCAUCAUCUCCAGCGGGCCGAUCUGCAGGAUUUGGUUUAUGGUGGGCUGAAAUCCGGGCUGGAGGAGACUUUGGAGGCCUGGUACCCUGCUGCAGGAAGGCUGUGUGUGGAUCCAGAAGAUGGGAAUAGGCUGAACCUUUGGUGCAACAACGAAGGUGGUGUUUUGGUGGAGGCUGUGACUGAGGUCAAGAUCUCUGAGCUUGGAGAUGAUCUCUCUCAGUACAAUGAAUUUCUCGAGAAGUUGGUGUAUAAGCCGGUUUCCGAUGUCGAUUGCUUGUCCCAUAUGCCUCUCCUUGUUGCUCAGGUGACGAGAUUCGGGUGUGGAGGGUAUUCAAUAGGGAUAGGGACGAGCCACUCCUUAUUCGACGGCCCAUCCACCUUCCGCUUCCUCUCCGCCUGGGCUUCGGCGGCUUCUGCUUCUGCUGCUGCUGCUUCACCGUCGUCAUCGCAACCUAAGAGCAGUUGCAGUAGUAUCGUCGAUCACGAUAGACGGAGCUUGACGUCUCUGGGUUGUGGUGAUAACGACGAAAAAGGAACCAAGGCAGCAGACGCGGCGGCCAUUGACCAUCUCUACCGCUUGAUUCAUCAGCAACAAGCGGCCAAGGGCGAUGAUGAUGAUGAUGAUGAUCAGAAGAACGGCGGUAGCUUGGUGCUCAAGACUUACCAUCUCGGCAGUGCAAUGAUAGACAAACUACCAAGGAAUAAUGGGAUCGCCUAUUCUUGCUCCUCGUUUGAGAUCGUAGCAGCUCACUUAUGGAAGGCGAGGAGCAAAGCUUUACUAGGACCAAACAACCAAUCAACCAUGGUGUGCCUCCAAUUCGCCGUGGACAUACGAAACAAGCUCUCCCCUCCACUCCCGGCGGGCUUCACCGGCAACGCCUUCGUGCUAGCCUCCGUCGCAACGACGGCCGGCGAGCUACAACAAUCCACCCACCAAUCCAUCGUCGACCGAAUCCGGCUCGCCAAGGCCUCCAUCACGCCUGCCUACGUGGAGUCCUACAUGGCAGCGCUGGACCGCCAGCACGGCAACAGCAGCCUCCCGCCUCUCAGGGAGCUCACUCUCGUGUCUGACUGGACCAGAAUGCCCUUCCACAAGCUCCAUUUCCUAGGUGGAGAUCGUGACGUGGACUGCGCGUGUCCGCUGCUGACACCUGUCCCUCAGGUUGCUUACUUCAUGCAGAGUCCCGUCGAUGCCAAGGGGAUUGACGUCAGGAUCGGAGUUCCUGCCGGCGAUGUCGAAGCCUUCACUGCCGAUUUCAUGGCCGCUAUGGUUUGAAUGUGUGACUGUAAGAACUUCAUGUUAUUGUCGACUGUUAUGUAUACGUUGUAUGGUUUGCUUGAUGUGUAACCAAGUACAAUACUAGAAGACGACAAUAAUGUAUGUUGAGAGAAUAAAGUAAUUGUUUGGGCCUAGAGAGAUUCGGCCCAUGGAGGGAAAGUGGAAGGGAAUGAGCUUGGUGGGCCAAGAGAGAUCUGGGUCGGCCGAAAGACCAGCCUGGCGUGUGGAUCCCUCCUGUCUCUCUGCUGGUGGGAAUGAGGGAUUUUGGUCUCAAAUUAACCCACCUGCUUACUUUCGAGUUAUGGUAUAGUUGUGAUUCACUAUUCAUUCACAUUCUUCUUUGGAUAGAGUUGGGUGGAUAGAUGGCGGUUAGUUGUGGUUGGGUUGUGGGUUAGCCCGCCAAAGCAAUUUUCCAACUAGCCAUUAAGAAAGUUGGUUGAUAUUU